AUGGCAUCAGACCACAGCGUUGUGGUCACGAAUUUGUCUGGAUCUGUGGCAGCAUCCAUGAACCUGGUGUCCACUUCAACAAUACUGAUGUUGAAGCAGGAAGUGCAUACAAGGACUGGCAUACGCCCUUUUCAACAGGAGCUGGUUUUGGGCCAAGAGAGCCUGGAAGAUGACACCAAACUUGAUUGCUACCCGAACCCAUGUGAGCUUGCGAUGCUUGUGCAUACAGUGGAUGCGACGCUGUCUCCGGCAUUGAUGUCCGCCGUGUCCGAUGGCAGUUUGAAGGACAUAAGGAAGCUUCUGCGAAGUGGAGCAGACUUAGACUUCCGUGACGAAGACUUUUUCUCGCCGAUUCUGCUGGCCUCUUACAAGGGUGACGCCUCUGUGGUGCAAUGUCUACAUGAUGCUCGAGCUGAUCUAGAAACUACGAUGCCAGAUGGCUCCACGCCGUUGUUGCUUGCAACCUGCCAUGGUCACAUGGAAGUCGUGCAGCUGCUUUGUGACAUCCAGGCCGAUCUGGAAACGAGAAACUCCAACGGGGCGACGCCGUUGAUGCAUGCAGCGCAAGAAGGUCACGUCGACAUCCUUUGUUGUUUGUGCAGCCAUGAAGCAAGAGUGGACAGCAAACGGAUCGAUGGUGCCACGGCUUUGAGUAUUGGGGCGGCCCAGGGUCAUGCAGACGUGGUUCGAUGCCUGUGCGAGUUCAAUGCUUGUAUUGAUGCCACUGCAGGACAAGGCGUCACGCCCCUCUUGUUGGCUUGCCGCGAAGGCCAUCUCGCCACCGUGCGGGUAUUGACCGAUGCCAAGGCGGAUUUACACCUGGCCAUGCAUACCGGAGUCACACCGCUAGCUAUUGCUGCCCAUCGUGGUCACGCAGGUGUUGUGCAGCAUCUUUGUGAGCGACAGGCAGAUCACUCGACUUGUUCUGACGGCAAGACGCCACUUUUUUUGGCAUCACAGGCUGGUCACGCGGAGGUGGUUCAACGCUUGUGUGAGGCCAGAUGCGACCCAGACUCCGGGCCAGGUGAGAGUCCUCUGGAUGCAGCUGAGCGACACGGACAUUUGCAAGCUGCUUAUGCCCUAGCUGCCGCGGGCGCAAGCCGCCGUACCUGUCAAAACUUCGACAUUCAAUUGCUUCUGGCGGCAAGUGUUGGUGACUUAGAUGCUGUGGAAAUGUUAUGUCAACAUGGUGCGCAGGUUGAUACACAUGACAAGGAUGGAAUGACGCCUCUCUGCUUUGCAGCUCAGACGGGGCACUUGGGAAUUGCCAGCUGCCUGCUCGAAGCCGCUGCUGACAUUGAUCAGCCUCGGCACGAUGGCGCCACCCCUCUGUGUCUUGCUUCGCAUCAGAACAGACUCGAGCUGGUUAACCUUUUGCUGCUCAAUGGCGCAAACAAAGACGUGUUCAUGAAUGGCAGCGUCACUCCUCUGCUACUGGCAUGUCGUGAAGGUCAUGUCGACGUUGUAAGGUGCCUAUGCGAGCAAGCUGCAGACCCAAACAGGGCCAUGUACAACGGCCUGACGCCCCUUUGCAUUGCUGCUGAUGCAGGACAUCUCACGAUGGUUGAACUGCUUUGCAUGGCUGGAGCCGACAUGGGCCAUGCAGCACACAAUGGCUUCAGUCCCGCAGAAUUUGCAGAGGAACGGGGCCACCUUGAAGUCCUGAGAUUUCUCGAGGGGCAUGCAGCGAGCUUGCCAAAAAGAGGCCGCAAUGGUCCACAUGCUCGCCCUGGCUUUGACAGCGCUUUGCUCUCGUACCCUGACUUGUGGGCAAAGUUGCAGAAUGUUGCAGAGCCUUGCAUGCUGUGCGAGCACCGCAGGCUCUCAGAGCAUGUUGUUGGCUCUGCUCUCUGCAUAUGA